CUGCCAUCCGGUCAGAUGAUAUGGAAAGCGUGGUCGAACUGUCCAACAUACGCAAGAAGUUAGUCAUCAGUCCGACUGUGGCAACUGCACGGUUCUUGGAACAGCGCCACUAUCCAUACUUCUUUCGCACCAUACCCUCUAUGACCCAAGCAAACUACAUCCUGUUGCGCCUGUUUCUGCAGUGGAAUUGGCGUCGUGUGGUGCUGUUUCGCGACGCAGAUCAUUUCUUCAAUCCCCGUCUGUUUCAAGCGAUGAACAUUGAGAUUAUUGCCGAUAUGCAAAUGGAUGAAGAUCAGCUGACCUACAAGAAUGUUCGACAUUCACUUGAAAAUUUAAAACAGCUGAAUAGCCGCAUCUUCGUGGUUGAGUACGAGGCGAAAGGAACCUAUUGCGUUCUGUGUGCUGCCUACCAUUUGGGUAUGCAUUUGGAUGCGGAGUAUGUGUGGUUUCUGAACCCAUGGCUGUCCAAUGGCUGGUGGAAACACUCCAGCGUCUCUCAUUUGACCGAUUGUACAGAGCAGCAGAUGGCGAAUAUAAGUUCGUGGACCUUUACGGUUGGACAUCAGUGGAUCCUUCCGUACGUGUUCGACAGUGGCUUCCAGUUUGAUUUUCGUGAUACUGGUUUUGUUCUCUAUCCAUCAUCAACGGAAUCCGAAAAUUUAUCCAACAAACCAGCCACCAUACAAACCACCACACCACAGCUGGAACCGAUCUCAGACACGCCACCCUAUUCGAAACCGUCGAAACGUUCGAAGCGCAACGCUGCUGUUGGCCGGUUACCCUGGAAAGUGCCGCAGCUGGAUGUCUACGAACAGCAUAAAUGGUAUCAGACAUACACCUACGAUGCUGUGGUCGCACUCGCUUGGGCUUUGGUUGGGAUGCUCAAAGAGAACCCUUCAGUUGCCUCUGCACUGGAUCAGACAGAUGUCGCCGAGGCGUUUCGUAACCGGGUUGGUCGGGUCAAUUUCGGCCACAAAGGUUUUGCUGGUUUUGAUAUGGCUGCUGUUCCUUUCCCUUCGCUUGAUUCAAGUGUGCAAAACCCACUAGGACUUCGAUUCAACUCACGAAACGAACGUGUUGCCUCUCACUGGGUACUGAAACAAAAUCAAGUGAAGACCACAAUCCCAAUCUACUGGUGGAGUUUCAGUCCUAAUCAGUCGAGCACUGAUGUUAGCAUCAGCAGUAUGGAUGCAACGGCAUCCCAGCACCGUACCACGGAACACCGUGUAGCUUUAAUCGAUUCAGACACAACCGAAAUAAACGGUGAUAGAAGAAGUACGGUUGCCAGUGCCACUGUAACAGGCACCGGUGGGAAUGAUACUAGUGACACACAGGAUUUACUGGACGACUUUGCCUCGUUCGAGCGCCACGUGAUCAGGAGAACUGUGGAUAACGUCAGCUGGAGCCUCCUUGGCGGGCCGCCUCACGAUGGCUCACGCGUCUCGGAAGUUUGUGCCUUUCCAUUUCUCAGCCAUACUCUAAAUAUGGGUUGCACUGGUGCGACUGUGUUUGUUGCCAUUUGUGUGACUGUACUCUGUCUGGUUCCGGUUAUUCUGGCCAGUUUGCAUUAUCGUCGAAAACUCCGUGAGGCGGAAAAGCGUACGAGGAAACCUUUUGAAGAGCUGUGUGCGGAACUAGCGGAUCUGGAUAUGCCGAUGGAAGCGAUUGUUCUCAACCGACACAUUGGUCAAGGUGCAUUUGGUCUGGUGUUUGGUGGCGAGGCGAAAACAAACGAGACGUGGGAGGCCGUGGCGGUCAAGGUUCUGAACGAAAAGGCUACCUACGAGGGGAAAAUAGAUUUCUUGUCUGAGGCCAAGUUGAUGCGCUCGUUGGAGCAUCGGAAUGUGGUGCGACUGAUCGGGAUAUCGCUGAAACUGAAAGACACACUUUAUCUGAUCAUGGAAUUGAUGUUAUUGGGUGACUUGAAGACAUAUUUACUUUCCAGGCGAAUUUUGGCACAACGCUCACCUGAUCACGAAGACAUUCGACCUUCGACCCUAACCAAAAUGAGCAUUGAUAUUGCUCAGGGCGUUCAGUACCUCCACAGUAAGAACCUUAUUCAUCGUGAUAUCGCCUGUCGCAAUUGUCUCGUCGGAUCGGAUCAUGUGGUCAAACUUGGUGAUUUUGGACUAACUCGGGAGAAGACCACGAACCGGCCAGAUGGUUACUACCGAUUCACACGAAACUAAUAUGCACCCGACAUUGUUCUCAUCUUGGAAGAGGAGGAGAAGACGCAGGUAUUUUCGGAUGAAGUAACCAAAUUUAUCCCGUCCUUUGGCGAAUUACCCAUACGGUGGAUGUCUCCGGAGGCUGUGCAAUACGGUAUGUUCAGUGUACAAUCCGACAUUUGGUCCUACGGGAUAACGGUUUACGAGAUUGUCACCUUUGGAGUGUUCCCCUACAGCGAUAUGGGCGACGUCGAGGUAGUGGAACGAGUCAAACGGAUGGAAUUUGGUAUUUCCGAUUUUUUGCCACCAAGUGCCAGAAACACCGCCGUCUGGAGACUCAUUCGCCUAUGUUGUCAACACCAGUAUGGUGAUCGACCUUCAUCCAUGAAACAGGUGUUGCAAGUGCUCUACGACUAUCCGGAAUGCGUCCGCCCGUUCCUUACCGACGUGCCACCCAAACCCAGUGUUGUGUCAGAACAGUUGUCUGCCGUUGGUGUAAGUUGCUUACCACCGGAUGCGUCAGUUUCCGACUUGCCUGGAAGUGAAAGUUUCCACGAUGUGGGUGCUUGGAAUUCUCGGUGGUUAGCCAAUACCGUUCCAGUACCCUCUAGCCUGUCUCUUGAAUUCGGAGAUGAGUUCGAGCAGGACCAACUUCGUGGUGAAACCGCAUGCAAUCCACUGCAUGACUAUCCCCACCGAGGUCGUCUCGGUCAUUCUUCUCUUCAUAAUUUGGGUACUGCUGAAGAUUUUGGUUUUCCACCGACCAGUACGACUUGUCCGAAUAUCGAACCUGCUGGCGAUGGCGGUGGUGGAACUAACCGUGGACCCUCUCUGUCAUCUGCGUCGUCAUUGCCAUCUCGGCGUGCUGCUUUCUUUUUUCCGUCAUCUUCCGUAAAGUCACCUGACGACGAAGUUUGGAACCCCCUUCUCCACACCCAACAUUUGGAGGAAUUUUCCGACUGUCGCGGACGGACCCAAUCUCACCCGU